AUGGAUACGGCGGUACUGUGUCUGGCCUUCAGCCGCGACUCUGAACUGCUCGCCUCGGGUUCAAUGGACGGCAAGGUGAAAAUAUGGCGUAUUCAAUCGGGUCAAUGUCUCCGUCGCUUUGAGAAAGCACACACGAAGGGUGUCACUGCUGCCCACUUCUCCAUGGACAAUGUCCAGCUCCUUACUGCUAGUUAUGAUCAUACCAUUCGGAUUCAUGGAAUGAAGUCAGGUAAUCUGCUAAAAGAAUUCGUGGGUCACACAGGCUUUGUCAACGACGUAGUCUUCAGUCCUGAUGGUCGUCACGUCCUCAGCGGUAGUGCGGACGGUUCCGUUCGCAUCUGGUCUACGCGCACCGCAGAGUGUGUGAGCAAUUGCAAAACCAUUUCAGGUCUUGUUGGUCGUGAAGUACCGAUUUUGAGCGUACAGCUGAUGCCUCGCAAUGCAGACCAAUUCAUCGUCUGCAGUCGUUCAAACACCAUCGCCAUCAUGAAUAUGCAAGGACAGGUAAUCCGCAGUUGCACUAAUGGGAAGCGCGAAGGCGGUGAAUUUGUCGGCCUGACGGUGAGCUCGGGCGGCGAGUGGAUUUACGCGGUGUGUGAGGAUCGCCUUCUUUACUGCUUUAACGUCAGCAGUGGUGGCAAGUUGGAACGGACCCUUCCGGUGCACGAAAAAGAGAUUCUCGGGGUGGCUCAUCAUCCACACCAAAACCUCAUCGCCACAUUCUCUGAGGAUGGGUUACUGCGGCUUUGGAAACCUUGA